AUUCUCUGGUGAUGAACAGAGAGCAGAGGCUGAGUCGAGGAAGAUGAGCCGCAGGCUUGUGCUGUUGUCAAACACCACAGGAAAGCGAUCAUGCCACGGAACUAUAUUCGUAAAACAGACUGGGGAUCAGUGACCUAUGAGGAGCUGGAGAAAGCGUUCGUUGAAGUGAAGUGCGGGAAAUCCAUCAGAACAGUGGCAAAAGAAAGAAAGAUCGGCAGGUCCACCCUGCAGCGCUACAUGAAGAAGGCAGAGGAAAAAAGAGAGAAAACGGUCGGCUACAGAGGAACGGCUGAAGCCAGGAGGAUCUUAUCUGAGGAGUUAGAGGAGGAGCUUGCAGAACACAUCCGCAUGCUGGCGGAAGGCGUGCACGGCCUCACGCCAAAGAAAUGCAGAGAAAUCGCUUUUGAAUUUGCGCAGAAGAACAACAUUCCUGUCCCCAACAACUGGGGAGAGCAGAGGUUAGCAGGUCGAGACUGGCUCAGCAGCUUCAUAGCCCGCCACAAUCUCUACAGCCACAUAACUGAAGCUACAUCUUUGGGAAGCUACGGACAGAUCAUCAGUUUCAGUCUCAUCAACCAGGACGAAACCAAGAAAGAGGUCAAGGAGGAGCGUGAUGUUCCUGUCCCCAUUCAUCAGACUUCAGAGGAGGACAGAGACCGAGACCUGUUAGAUACUGACUUGUUUCUGACGUGAUGUUAUACGAUGAAGCACAACGUAAACAAAAAGACAUUUGAUGCUUGUUUCCUGUUAGUUUAGGAAUAUCUUUCACAAAAUAAGUACUGCAAACUGAUUUAAACUGAGGUCACACAUUAUUAAUCUAAAUUCUGUUCAUGCUGUUACUUAUAUAAAUCAUUCAUAAUCAUG